AGCUGAAUGCAUUUUUUGCAGCAAGCAGCAGGCAGCAGCAGCAACAGCAGUAGCAGCAGCGGCGGCGAAAUUGCAUUUGAGUUCGCGGAUUGAACUUGACCUGUUCGCUGCUGAGAGGAGAGUUCAAUGCACCGUUAUUGUCUAUUUGGUUUGGCGAGCCUGUAACAAAUUCAACAUGGAAAGCGCACUCUUUUCAAACGUGAAGAAGCUCUACGAUUACGGGCUCUACGAGUGCGUUGUGCCCACUGCAAGCCUGCUGUGCACUCUGCUGCAAAAUGAUCGCAGUGUGGCCACACUGGAGACGGAAUACCAGGUGAGGCUGUAUUUGAGCAAUGCCCACUACAAGGAGCACAACUAUCGCACCGCCUGCCAGCAACUGGAGGCUGUCGUCCAACAGCGUAAGGCAAUGGUCCGCUACAAGAGCAGCUAUCUGACCGGCAUCGAGAGCUCCUAUCCGCAAUUUCAGGACACCGAUCUGCGAUACAAGAUUGCCGUCUGCUAUCGCGAACUGGGCGAGUACAACAUGGCCAUUAGCACACUGGAGGCGGUUAAAAUGCGUACGCCACGUCUCAAUCUGCUGCUGGCCAAGCUACUGCAUCAUCAUGGACGCUGCGUUAGCAAGAAAGAUAUUGCCGUCGCAUACAAGGAUGUCCUGCCCGAGUGCCCCAUGUCGCUGACGGCCAUCGAAGCCCUCAUCGAACUGGGCAUCGAAGGACACGAGGUUCACUCUCUGGUUGUAAAUGCUGCCACGAUGCCGAAGAACAUUGAGUGGCUGAGCAGCUGGAUCAAGGGUCAUGCCCAGAUGUACGGCUGCAAGCACUUGGAGGCGGCCAAUACGUUCCAGCAGCUGAACGAUACGACGCUGUUCCGUCAGAACGAGCAGCUGCUAACGAAGAUUGGCCAAUGCCUGUAUUACUAUGGCAAUUAUGUGAAGGCCGAGCAAUAUCUGAGCAUGGCCGUGAUGAUCAAUGCCCACAAUAUGGAUGCACUCUGUGCCCUGUCGGUUGUCUAUCAAUACAAUGGCAAGAAGCGGCCGGAACAGGAGAAACUUAUAACACCGCUGCGACUUGGGACACUUGUUGAGUUCACGGCGGCCCAUUGGUUCCUCCAUGGCCAGCUGACGUACAUGAAUUCCCGCUUCGAUCGGGCACUAAUCUUUGCGGAACGCUGCCUGACCAUGGAUCCACGUAACAUUGAGGCGAUGCUGUUGCGCAGCAAACUGUUUGGGGCGAUGGGUCGCCACAAGGAUGCGAUCGAUGUGCUGCGCAGUGCCCAAUGCCUGGCACCGUAUCGUUUUGAGAUCUACAAGGGACUGGUCGCCAGCUAUUUGCGCCUGAAGUGGUUCAAGGAGGCGCAGAGCAUGUGCCUCCUCGCCGUACGCUAUUUUCGCACCUCGCCGCGCAGCUACACCAUGUUCGGUGGCACCUUGUUCAACUUUACCAAUCAGGAGGCAAAGAAGAGCGCACGCAAAUUUGUGGAGAAGGCACUCCAAAUCGAUGAGCAUUAUAUGCCCGGCGUUAUACUAAUGGCUGGCAUCUAUCAAUACGAGGGCACACCCAGGGAGGCCAUUGUCCUGCUGAGGAAGCAGGUCACCAACUAUCCGCAUCCAAAGCUAUUUGCCAUGCUCGCCGAGAUGCUUAGCACCGAGAAGGAUCUCGAUGGGGCUCUACACUUUUUCACAUUGGCCCUCAGGCUGGAUCCCACAUUCCGUAGGGCCUUGGAUGGUAUUAAUGCGCUGACGAAGGCGGCGCGGGCGGGCAGCGGGAGCAGCAUCAUCAAGACGAGCGAGAACAGUAGCAGCAACAGCAGCACCAGCACAAAUGUGGCAAGCAAUGUGGCAACAAUGGCAACGCCGUGUGGCACACCCAAUCACGAUUGGUUGCUCGACUGCGAUGAGACAUCGAAUGAGGCACUGGAGCUAUCUUCGCCGGUUGUGCCCCAGGAGGACACCGAAUCGGAUUCGUUCUCCGAACCCUUUUGGCAGGACGUUGAUGGGGAUAUGCCCAAUUAAUUGAAUCUUAACUUAUCUAUAUGUAUAUGAUAUGUAUAUGUAUAUGUGUAGAUGUAUAUAUAGAGUAUCUAUUUGUUAGUUCAUCGUCAUCAUCAUCAUCAUCAUCAUCAUUUUUCAGCUGUCAUCUAUUUAUUUGUGCUACACGUAAACUAUAUGUUAUCCAUUUACAUUCCAUUUUCGCCAUUCCAUAUAAUAAUUUAGAUAUAUUUAUGCGCCAACCAAAUUAUUGUAAUCGUCCAAUGUUUUCAUUAUUAUAAUAAUUGUAAUAUUUUUUAUUCUGUUUUAGUAAUUUAUUAGAUCCGAGCGGUCGAGUCACUCAAGAUAUGAUUUGAAAAAUCGAUGUCAAACGUUCCAUAUGCUUAAACAUAAUUCAAUUCUCAAUGUUGAUAAAAAGCAAAAUAUACAACAAAAAAAAAA